AUGGCUGAGGUCUUCGGUAUUGUGACGGGUGUUCUUGGCCUCCUACCGCUCUGUCGCGAUGGGCUAGGGAUGAUCAAAGAUGUUUUUGGUGCCCCAGGUACGCUCCAGCUCGCUGUUGGAAGACUUGAAUUACAGCGGGAUCGGUACGAUGAAUGGCGCGAUAUCUGGAGGGAUGAAGAUGGCGAGAAAGAUCUAAGGUUUGAGGCUUACGCCAAAAGUAACCCUGCAGCUGCGAGAAGAGUCUUACGACAGUUGGCCCUGCUUUCGCAAGUACUGUUUGAUGCCAGAUCACUUGAGGAGCAGUACGGUAUUAGGCCGGAUGGGAGGUCAAAUCGAGAUGCGAAAGAUCUAUCUCAGUUUCGUUUAAAGAGCGGACAGGACCUCACGAUUGAAACUCAGGGCUCGUUUUUGGAACGAUGCAAAACCAACAUGUCCUUCAUGAAGCGAUGCCGCUUCGUAUUCCGGAAGAAAGAAGCUUCAUGGAAUAAUCUCAUCGAUCUGUUGAAAGAGUACAAUGAGAAUCUUACGAUGUAUGGGCCUAAAUUUGAAUUGGAAAAAAUGCUCAAGAGCGAAUUUGAAAUGUUAAGACAACUACAGCUUGACGAGCUACGACGCCUCGCAGAAGCAUCAGCCUACGAGCACAAACAUUCGUUACCGAACAACAACCAUGCAGUGAGAUAUCAUAGCCUUUCUCUUGCAGCGCAAUUCAGUGCCGUUGUCAAGUACGAAAGGCCUCAUGCAGCAUUCAAAUUCUCGAUGCGAGACUUCAGACUCGACCCAGCGUACAUUCUCUCGUCCUCCGGCUCAUCCACGAUGGCAUUACUCUUUGAUUAUCCAGUGAAGAAGGAACAUCGAGUUGUGCUGAUUGAGUGGAUUGAUGGGAUUGAUCGAGAUCAGGAAAGGGACACGAGGAUCAAAACUCUCAUGUUAGCAACUCCUAAACCUGGACAGCUGCUACUGCCAACUUGCUAUGGGAUGGUGGAAGACACUUUUGCUGGAAGAUUCGGACUUGUUCUUGCCCCCCCAACGCAUAUACGCUCUAACCUUCCCCCAAUACUAUCCGCUGGAGCUAUAUCUCAGAAGCGGAUGCCGGUAUCGCUGAAAGAGCUACUUGACAAGGUACACCCUUCGAACAUCCGUUCAAACUCCAUUCUGUUCUUCCCCGCAAAGAAUAAGCCUUCAACUGGCCCUCCGGGUCCGGCAUCAGGAUAUCCACAGCCAAUUGGCUAUGACGAGCCUCUCUUCGUUGGGUUAGGCAGCUCGCGGGUAGAUGAUGUUAUCGAUGAUCCUGGCGACUACUACGAUGACUUGCAUGAGCCAAGACGCCACGACUGGGUAGUAACAAAGCGCCCUGGUGACAUUAACCUCGACUACUAUCAACAUCCAGAAAAGCGGCGGAAUCCGUCCAUGCGUUAUUCGCGAGCGCAUGAUAUAUAUAGCUUGGGAUGUGUGCUUUUGGAGAUUGGACUUUGGAAGCCAUUAGAUCGAAUAGUUGAGAUUGAGGAUGGGGACUUUGAGAGGACGAAGAAGACGUUCCAAGGAUUAACAAUGGAAUUAGACGGGCUCACAGGAUCGAUAUACGGCAACAUAGUGCGAAGUUGUUUGGCAAUAAGCACUCGCGAGCGAACUGAAUCUGAAGCUAGACAGCUCUCAAAGUUUUGCGCGGAAAUCGCUGCCACUCUCGAUAAAUGCAAUGCUUAA